GGUAUAACUCGAAUGGGGAGAUGCUCAAGUAGAAAAGUGUGUGAGACGACAACGGUCACUGCAGACACGACAGACAGAGAGUCUUCCAGUUCAUUUUGUGGACAGUCAAGAGAUCACCAGAAAGGGAGUGAGUACUUGAUGCUGGGUCAUUCGAAAAAGAAAACGUGGGAGAAUCUAGAUCAUGAUCAGGAAAGGAAACCAGAUAAAGAUGAAUCUGAGAGUCACAGCUUAUUGCAGACGAGUGUAGAAAAAGCUGCAGCGAAAAAACUUUAUGCUCACCGAUGGAUCAAUCCAUCUGUACGGAGUCGUCACUUAAGCAGUGGAGUUAGUAGUACACAGUUGAAAGAUUACCAGGGGAGUGGCAAUGAUGUUGCAAGCAGUCAGGUCAUGUCUGCUGUAAUUUCUGCCUACGCAUCUGGACAUUGUUCCAAACCCGUAUCCAUAUCAUUCGACGCUCUAAUGUAAGCAACUAAAAACUUUCAUGAAAAAAAGGUCGACGAAGGAGGCAGUCUCAUUGCAGCGGGUAGUUUUGGUCAAGUUUAUCCAGGAGAAUGGCAACGGCAGCGAGUGGCAGUAAAACGAUUAAAGAAGACUACUUUAGAAACAGUUGCAGCUAAAAGCCUUUCUGCUGACCAAUGGACCAAAUCGUCUGCACCAAGUCGUCACUGCAGCUCUGGAGAUAGUAACAGACAGUGGAGGAAAGAUUAUAAGGGGAGUGACAGUGAUGCUGAUAAUGUUUCAAGCAGUCAGGUUAGUAAACUGUAAUUGGGACUAGUAAGUUGGUAAUUAUGGACAAACAAAUUAUGAUAG